CACUGAGCCUCAUUCUCUUGGAUAACUCAUGGUGUUAGAUUGUGCCGGGCGCUGUUGUUGUCCAAACGCACUCCUGUUACAGAAGUUAUUGGGUCAUAUCAAUUUCUGCUGUUCUCUCACUGAUGUUGCUGGAGUUAGAAUAGGGAAAAUUAAUUUUGGCUAUCUUUUCUCCGAACAGAAGGAGAAAUCCCUUUUCUUCACUAGGAUUUACAACUGGGGUUCCCUCAGCCUUUCUCGCGCUACAGGGACGGCGGGGAUCUGCCCAAAAGCCAGCAACUGGCACUGUGUUUCAGUCAGUGGAUGGAACUGUCUAAUCAACCCCAGAUCUCCAGCACUGUUUUGGAUCUCUGUUAUUCCAUAUUCAACAGCAUGCAUACAAAUGAGGAAUCACAGAUUGCUGCUGCAAAGUUUACAAAGAAGGAUAGUCAUGAGACUCUGGGACGGCCUUUUUUCCUUUUCAGGCCUCGAAACGGAAGAACUAUCGAAGGCAGUGAAUACCAUGGAAUAUGAAGUUCAUGGGUCGAUUUACCAGCUCGGUGACUUGGUUUACAUAAAGAAAAGAGACUCCCCAUUGCACUGGUUGUCUAUUAUGUGACUCAGUUGUCUGGAAUUUGCUGUUCCAUGUAAUAAAUUUGCAAUCAUUAA